GUUUGUCGUCCAUCGGUUUGUCGAAUGUCGGUCGUACAUAUUUCUGUCGGUGACGUCAUUAUUAAUUUGGAUUUUGCAUUUUACACACAUUGGGCGAUAGUUUCCAAAAAAUUAAACGAGACUAAAAUCAGUGAAAAAUUGUUAAUAUAGUUCCUUUAUGAUGGCUUCUGCGCCGGAGUCAAAAACACCAGACAGACCAAGCACUCAGAGUUUCUUGGAUGAGGUCACUGAGAUCUUGAGUCCUGUGAAUUUGUUGUUAACUGCUAUAAUAUUUGUUUUGAUUUACAAAAUAUACAGUAAAUUCGCUAAGUCGAAGACAGAAACGCCGAUGGUGGAAUUGCCGAAGUUGCGGAAAGACAUGACUGUGGCUGAGUUGCGACAGUAUGACGGGAACCAGCCAGAUGGGCGAGUUUUGGUGGCGGUCAAUAGCUGGAUAUUCGACGUGACGCGAGGCCGCCGCUUUUACGGGCCUGGUGGUCCGUAUGCUGCUUUUGGUGGACGGGAUGCUUCUCGGGGUUUUGCUACUUUCUCAGUAACGUCGUCAGACAAAGAGUAUGAUGAUCUCAGUGACUUGAACAACAGAGAAAUAGAGUCUGUCAAGGAGUGGGAAGCACAAUUCAGAGAGAAGUACGACCUUGUAGGGCGUCUGUUGAAGCCUGGUGAAGAGCCCACAACUUAUUCAGACUCAGAAGCCGAAGAAACUGACCACUCGGCCAGUCCGGCUGACAAGAAACAGGACUAAGUGCCGAUCCACAAAGAUAUUCGAUUGUUUGCUCUAACUAAACAAGACCACAAAUCGAUAAAAGCCAUCUAGCCAUAUAAAAAAAUUGUGAGUGAUGUAUACUGAAUUUACUUCAUUUGUUAUUCAUGUUUUAAAUUAUAAAUAUUUUAACAGAAUACCAAUGAUGGUUAAUUCAUAUUAUGUAUGUGGCCUUGUCUCAACCCAAGUGGUGAGGAGUUAGUCAACAAUUUGAAUAAACUUGUGUUCAGAAUCUGGCUCCAGUUUCAUGUUACAAUCGGAUAUGUUUUUUACAAACUAAUGGGAAAAUUUGUAAUGCUUUCCAAAUUGUUUAAUUUUAUUCAAAAUUUUGAGACUGAAAUACUUUUCAAACCAAUUUUGUUUAUAAGGAGGAAUAUUUAGUUAGUUAUGGAGGCUUCUUUUUUAUUUAGGUACACAAAAAAAUAUUUUAAUUUAUAUUUAAAAAUAUUAUCUCAUAAAUGGGCAUUUAUUCGUCAAUAGUGGAAAAUAUUUUCUAGCUUAUGACAAGGAUAUGUGUCAGGUUCGCGACUUAUUGACAGUAUCAGGGCUUGUAUAGUUUGAAUCUUAUUGUAAAUACCUAGAUUUUUUUGAAUUUGAAGAUUGAAACAUGAUGACUUGAGCUCACGACUACCUGUGAGUCAGAGUUUAUUGUAUAUAAUAUAUGAAAUCUAUUGUAUCAUCGUCACCUGUUGCUUAUUGCAGAUUUUUUGAUGUAUAUUAUAUAUUUACAGUUUCUUGAAUUGUAAGACUGAGUGAUGGCAUAUUAAGUUGAAUUUAAUAUUGAAAAGGGAAAUUGAGGAAACAAAAUGCACAUUCCUGUUUAUAAAAUUUUGAUUUCGUGCCAACAAAAUCAAAGUUUCAAUUUGUAUUAUAUUACCUAUAUAUAAAGCUUUCAAUACUGAACUGUUUAAAUACCCUAUUCUAUUGUUCUAUAAAAUAUUUAUGUAACAGCUUUUUGUCGGCAAGUGAGCUGCCUACAGAGGAACUCACGUCAUUUCCAUCGCACGCAUUUAUUUACUUACACGCUCAUCAUGACACAGUAUGAAUUUUAUUAUUGACCCUGGCAUUCACCCUACUUGACAUUUGGUACUUAAAUGUAAGCACUUUGUAUAAAUUCUAUGUCGCAAGCAAAGAAAAAUAUAAAAAAAUAAAUAAGGAGAUGUGCAUAAUAAGUCAUUCAAUUAAAUGUAGUUAAGGUGUGGAUCUUGACUGUGUUCAGGUGUUUAUUUUAGAUGUAUUUUGUUCGUUUUGUGCUUAAAUCGUAAGAUAUGAUAUUUCAGGCGAUUAACUAUUUUUUUCUUACUAAUGUCGCUUAUAGGGCACAAUCAAAUUGACUAAUUUAACUAGUAAACUUCCAAUGAGCGUACUGAAAAUCUAAUUAUGAGUCGAUUUUGUGGUGAUACAGUAAAAUUUCUAUAACCACGUGGGUUUUACCAGUUUGAUUACAAGCUUAUUCGUACUCCCGUGUUCAUACAUCACAGGUACAAACUAUUGACAGCAUUUGUACGUCUCUGCCUAAAAUAUCUUUCGUACGAUAAAUUAUAUUUGUUUGGUUGUUGUAAUGUUCAUUGUUUUUUUUAUGUUAAGAUGAAGUUAGUGUUAAGAUUUCUGGUGUAUUAUUUUAUGAAAUAUAGUAUUUCUGUGAUUUGUGCGAACGUCAUUGGACGCUUGGACCUUUUUGCGUGAACGACCCGUUGUUGUUGUAAUACUAUAUAUUGUUUGCUACCUAAACUCGAACAAGUUGAACUAAUAUUUAGUUUUUUACCAUGGUCGGUCAUAUCUAAUCAGGAUUAAUGGAAAGUGUUGAAGUAUUAUUUAACAAUAUACUGGCGUUAUUUACAUAAUACAGUUUCUUUCAAUGUACAUUAGUUUUACAAUAUGAAAUUGGACCCCUUUGAAGGGCGUAUGUUGUUACUAUACUAUACUGUGCUACUAUACUAUAGCAUUCAAAUUUUCUUAUUUUGAGCGGUGGAGCCGAUUCCUCGAAUAGUAUUCCAUCAGUUUUGAAAAUAUAAAAUUCAUUGGUCAAGCGAAGGGUGGAAGAGGCGGAUUCUAGAUUGACUUCUGUGGGCGGAUCUCUUCAUUUCAAUGUGUGGGUUAUAUUCAAAAUUGUAUAUUGUGCUUUCACUUUUAAUUGGCAUAUAACUCUUCUGUUAAAUACUUAAAGCCUACUUUCGUUUGCUCCUUAUUUUUCAGUCUGACAACUUUCUAAUUCUUAAGACAAAAUUCCCCUCUUUUGCAUAGGACUUUUGAGAUUUUUUUUGCCCCCAUUUAAGUUAUUACAAAAAUAUUUUAUCACGAAAAGUUGUUUAUUAGGUACUUACUUUUAAUUAUAUCGAAGCUUAUUUAGCAUUUAAAAAUCAUUAAUGCCAGUGGAAGAAUAAUAUUAGCACAGAGCAAGAGGACUAAUUCUACCUACUUACCUAAAAUGUUUAUUUUACCAUUCACGUUUAAAUAAAGCGUUUUUAUAUUAUA